CCUCGGCUGAGCUGCAUUCCAAUCCCAGCUACAUCCGGAGCCCAGCUACAUUCGAGCCCAGCCACAUCCCGAGCCAACCUUCCAGAAGCACCAUGAACCCAAGUGCUGCUGUCGUUCUCUGCCUCGUGCUGCUGAGUCUGAGUGGGACUCAAGGGAUCCCUCUCGCAAGAACGGUGCGCUGCACCUGCAUCGACUUCCAUGAACAGCCGCUGAGACCCAGGGCCAUAGGAAAACUUGAAAUCAUUCCUGCAAGUCUAUCCUGUCCGCAUGUUGAGAUCAUUGCCACAAUGAAAAAGAACAAUGAGAAGAGGUGUCUGAAUCCGGAAUCUGAGGCCAUCAAGAGCUUAUUGAAAGCGGUGAGCCAAAGAAGGUCUAAAAGAGCUCCGUAACUAGAGAGAAGCCACUCGCCACAGUGCUGAGACCGAUGGACAGCAGAGAGACGGUCUCUCCACCUCCCUUUACCCAGUGUGCGGCUAGUCCUAACUGUCCCUGUUUCUCCUGACCAUGGUCCCAUCAGCUGCUACUCCCACUACAGGGUGAUGGACAAGGCCUGGUCCUGAGACAAAAGUAACUCCAGCAGCAAGGCUUCCCAAUUCUCUAAGAGCUGGUCCGAAUCUUCCCUCAGGCAGCUAUGACGGCUCUCCUAGCUCUGUUCUGUAAGCUAUGUGCAGGUACUAAUCUCUUCAGCAUGUGCCAUGCCCCAGCCUGCUCCACACACCCUCCUUCUCCCUAGCUCUAAGCUCAUCAGUUCUGAGUUCACCUGAGCUCCUUUAUUUCAAAUGCAGUCCAGGUGAGAUGGCAAAUCAAGUUUGUCAGAACAAACUUACCACCACCUUCCCAAGGGAAUUUCAUAACUCAGAAUACUCACAGGAACCUAGACAUGCAUGUUUAAAUAUUAUUUAAUGACCGACUGUACAAAGUGGAACUCCUAGAUGUAUUUUUUGUACGAUUUUCAUUGUAUAUGUAAGAACUUGUGUGGUUAAGUAUGUAUCAAUGGGUAGUUAAAGUUUACAUAGGCAAAUGCUUUGAAUGCUACAUAUUACAAGAUGUGUUGGAUGGUUUUCAAAAUAAAAUGUACUGUAUUGAAUGUAGUAUGAGACCAAAAAAGUAAUAAAGUAAUAAUAACUGACAUGA